AUGCGAUCCAUCGGCCUUCCCAUGGUACGUCGUCGAUCGGGCGGAGGCACAGUGUACCACGAUCUGGGCAACACCAACUACUCGUUCCACAUCCCUCGAGAAGCCUUCGACCGCCGUACGCACGCCGAGCUUGUCGCACGCGCCCUCAAUGCUGACCCCCUUGCACUGCGCCAAUCACGCACAGAUCUGGCACGAUCCGAUGUAGGAGCAUACGUCAAUGGGCGCAACGACAUCUGCAUCCGUGUCAAGAGCGGGUUUGAUCGCAGCUCGACAGCAAAGACAAAAGCGGAGGCAGACGAGCGGGGAUUCGAGGAGCGCAAGGUGUCGGGAAGCGCGUACAAGCUGGUCAACAAACGAGCCUACCAUCACGGCACAAUGCUGCUCUCUGCCAGCCUGGGCAGUUUGGGCAGUUCGCUCAAGAACGACCGUGGAGAGCUGCUCGUGACUAAAGGGGUUGCGUCGGUGCCCGCACCGGUUGCCAACUUGACAGACGCGUUCCCAGAUCGCAAGACCACACUCGACCACGACACAUUUGUUCAAGGCGUGGUGGCUGAAUUCCACCGCACCUAUCCUGCAUCGAACAGUAUCGAGGCGGCGCAAGUCGACGAAUCGAGCUUGGCCAGGCCGGAACACAACGAGGGGAGAUGGAAGUUGAAGGGAAACUUUGACGAACUGCAGAGCUGGACGUGGGUGUUUGGUCAGACGCCCGAAUUCACACAUCGCGUGACGAUGCACGACGCUUCUGAGCUGGGCUCGCAACAGACGCAGCAAGGGUGGGGACCGUUCUCGGUCGAAAUCCACUCUAAAGAGGGGAUCGUGUUGGACGCUCAAUUGGUAGAGGCGCGAUUCGAAGAUGGAGCCGUGGAAAGAGAAGUACGGAAAGUGAUUCAGAGUUUACAAGGCAGGCGAUAUGACGAACUGGCGCUACCUCCUCCUUGGGGACCGUCGUCGCCAUCAACGGCGAGUGCGGCAGCCGCAAAAGAAACGCAUGAAGAGCCAAGCAUUGAGGACAAGCUGUUGCACUGGUUGCGUACCGUGCUGUGA